GAAUCUGAUGGAAAAACUUGUUCAGGUGUGCCGAACUUGUACACUACACUUCCCCCAUAUAUAGUGGGUGCUCCUUUAAUCUCAUACAGAUGUGAUGAGUGUUGAAACAUCGCUGUCAGCACUGAUGAUGCAACCUGUACAAAUCUGGUGGGCAGUUUCACUGCUUGUGUAAUGUUGGAUUCACCAAAGAUCUGACUGCUCCGGAAUGAAAUCAGUUGUGUGAUAUUGAUGAGUGUUUCUGAUGGUACACACGAAUGCCAUCAAAAUGCCGACUGUACGAAUGUGAUUGGAAGUUACAGUUGCACUUGUCAAACAGUCAAAACUAGUACACUGGAGAUGGCAGAGUGUGUAGGGAUAUUAAUGAGUGCGAAGACACUUCAUUGGUGUGUGACAAUAUGGCAAACUGUACAAAUUCUCCUGGCUCAUUUGAAUGCACUUGCAUUCACGGCUUUACAGGCUCUGGCUUGCCUGAUAAUUGCAUGGGUAUCCCACCGCAGCUGGAUAUAUUAGGACAUGGGAAUAACGAUGUUUCUCUCGUCAUGGAACCUGGCCGGUCAUUGAAUCUAACAUGUCAAUC